AUGUCGGCGAGCCCCAGGAAGCGCAGCCGGGCCGAGCCCGCCGAGGACACAAAGGCCGAGUGCCCGUUUGAGGUGAAAUACGAGAGCGAGGACAUCAAGACAAAGGCGCCCAAGGCGGCCAAGAGGCGGAAGCAAGCACAGCAGCUGGGCGGCGCGGGCGGCGCGAUACCGAGGACGACGAGAUCGCAAGGUUCAGCCCUCGCCUUCACGCCGUCCGGCUCGUUCAAGAAUGACGAGAAUAUGGAUCUCCGCUACUGGGUCGAGCCGCGGGACAAGUGGAUGGCCAUGACGAGAUACAACAGCUUUGUUUUAAACUCGGCCAAGUACUUCAGCGAGGGCUUCAUCUACAUCUCCAACGGCAUGUCGUCGCCGACGAACAACCAGGUCAAGGUUGACGAGAACGGCGUGCGGCAGAGGAUGCCCAACGAGUGGGUCGGCCGCAUCCUGGAGAUCCGCGCGGCGGACGAGCACCACGUCUACGCGCGCAUCUACUGGAUGUACUGGCCCGAGGAGCUGCCGGUGCAGACCAAGGACGAUGGCAAGUUUGUGGCGCGCGCCGGGCGACAGCCGUAUCACGGCGUCAACGAGCUCAUCGCGUCCAACCACAUGGACGUGAUCAACGUCGUCAGCGUCACGGCCGAGGCCAAGGUCAAGCAGUGGUUCGAGGAGAACGACGACGAGAUCCAAGACGGCCUCUACUGGCGACAAGCGCUCGAUGUUCGCACCCUCAGCCUCUCGUCUGUGCAUCGGACCUGCAAGUGCAAGCAGCCCGCGAAUCCCGACAAGACGCUCGUCGCGUGCUCCCAGCCCAACUGCAGCACGUGGCUCCACGACGAAUGCCUCAAACACGACGCCCUCAUGCGGACCUUUGCGGUCCUUGGUACCGAUCAGCCCUAUAUUGCGCCGCCGCCGCCACCACCACCCGCCGCAGCGGAGAAUGGGGAGACGGACGACAGCAAGCCAGACCAGGAAACGGGCCGGCCGCUGAGCCCCCCGGACAACGGUGUCGAGGUGCAGCAGUCGAUCGACGCCAAGCCGGGCGUGUCGCCCGAGGCGGCCGCAGUGGGCAAGGAGCGGCUCUCGACGCCGCGAGACAGCGCGCCGCGGCGGCGGCGGCGGCGGCGGCCAGGGGGACACCGACGGUGGGCACCAUCACGGCGGCGCCCGGGGCUCGCUGCGCAAGACCAAGGUGCCCAAGCGCGGCAAGGCCAGCGCGGCCAGGCCAUACGGGACCUGCGGGCCAAUGUGACGGGCGGCGUCCAGGUGUGGACGGAGCCGCUGGUGUGUCUCGUCUGCCACACGACCAUCAGCUAA